CUGGGAAGGGCAGAGGAGGAGGCACCUCUGGCUGAGGCAGAGUGUGUUUGCUUCCUCCUCAGGCUGGAAGUGACGCUGCUUUUCCACCUCAUCCCACCCAGCACCCACCCCGUGCGUGGGGUGCGGAGCUGGGGCCUCAGGGGAUUUCUGACAUUCCUCAAAAGAGGAAGGAUGGCACCUUCUCCUUUGCAGGGAAGCCCAGUCAGCGAGAUUUUGGUCAAAGGAGACCCACGCAGAUGGGAGCAAGCUAUAUAAAGCAGGCACAGCUGGCUGCAGGGCACCGCAAGCCAGCAGGGCUUUCCCGAGAGCUGUCAGAAGGAUGAACUCUCUCCUCGGCCUGUCUGUGCUGUUUGUGUGGGGCUUGUCCCCAGCCCACGGGAACCUCUUGCAGCUGCACCAGAUGAUCUCAGAGGCGACAGGGAAAAACGCUCUCCUGCAUUACGGCUUCUACGGCUGCUACUGCGGGCUGGGGGGCUGGGGGCAGCCCAAGGAUGCCACAGACAGAUGCUGCCAGCUGCAUGAUACCUGCUACGAAAACCUCCUGCGGUACCACUGCGAUGCCAAGACACGCCCCUACCGCUACAGUUGUCACCACGGCAGGCUCUCCUGCAGACAGGACUCCCGGUGUGCCUUCUUGUCCUGCGAGUGCGACCGCAGCCUGGCGCUGUGCCUGCGGAGAAACCUCGGGAGCUACAGGAAAAGCUACCAGUUCUACCCCAACGCGUGGUGCCGGUGAUGGAGCCGGGAUGCGGCGCCGGGACCAUCCCUGCCCGUGCCCCGGAGCCGCUGCGAAUGAAAACAAAGCAGAAAUAAACAAUGUUCUUGCUCAACGGCCCCGGCCCUCUGAGAGCUGCUGCUGGGCAGGGAGAGAAAUCCCCGUGAAUGAUCAACAUCUUCCCAAAUCUUUCCAAGAGCUCGGCCGGGGCCCCUGCGUCACCCGGGGCCGCGGCGCGGAGAGGGGCUGGCCGGGGAAGGGGCGUUCCGCGCCCCGGGUUUGGGACACACGAGCCCUUCUGGAGCUCCCAGUUGGAGCUCGCGGGCUGGACACGGAGGGCAGGCUCUCCCCGGGAGGACAGACGGACAGCAAGCGGCCCAGGUGAGAGGAAGAUGAAGGUCCUGCUGGUGCUGACGAUGCUGUUUGCCUGCAGUGUGUUCACAGCGCACGGGAAGCACCCACGCACCUUCACUCCAGGACUGGAGGGAAGCACCGUGGGAAACCUGACUGCCCAUGGAUGCUACAGGGGAUGGGGCACCUCGAGGGCUUCAGUGGAUCGGUACAGGCACAACGCUGCCCCGGAGGGCUAACGCUGGCCCCGGGGUAACCCCGGGGAUCUGCACCACCCCAGCAGCCCCCCUGGAGCUUUGCAAAAUGCAGACCGGGCGCUUGGCAGCAGCAGGAAGGAAUCAGGUUUUCGGGAAGCAGGGAAAGUGAUGCAGUGUUCGUCCCAGCGACAACUGCCAGGCCCACGGGAUGGCACCAGAGGAGGGGGACGCUUCUGAAGCCAGGAUGCGGGGCAGGGCUUGCACGGGAGGCUUGGCGUGGGAACGGGCAGGACAGAGAAGCUUCUGGGUGAUCCAGAGCAGGAGGGAGCAGAGCUGGCGGCUCUCCCGCCCGGUGGCAGGGCCUGUGCCAGCCGGAGCAGCAGCAGCCGGUGCCACAUUCCCGACGAGCCCGGCUCUCCUGCUCCCGCAGGUGCUGCCUGCUCCGAGCCUGCUGCUACGCCAGGCUGGCAGCGCGGCGGUGCCGCGUGGGACCCGUGCAGCCCCUCUCCGUGCCCCGGGCAGGGAUCGCCGCCUGCAGCUCCGGGACGCGCUGCCAGCGAGGCGCCUGCCGGUGCGAGCGGGCGGCGCGGCUGUGCCGGGCCCGGCUCGGCCCGGCUCGGUUCGGCCCGGCUCGGCCCGGCCAGGCCCAGCUCCACCGCCGCGCCGGGUGCCGGGGGCGAGCCGGGCGCUGCUGAGGCAAAACCUCCCUGUGCGAAAGCAUCUCCGGGCUGAGCGGCGAAGGGACGGCGCCUCCAGCCCUGGCGAGUCUCCUCCUCGGGGCUUUUUGGCUUCGAGGCGAGGACAAGAAGCCUCCGGCCAAGGGCAUGCGGGGAGCGGAGCAGCGCUGACCUGAUGUCCAGCACAGCAAAGCAAGGCAGGAGAGGACACCUGCCCCUCGUCCCGGUGAGGGGCGGGAUGGGGACCGUCCCCCUUGGCAGCCUGUCCGCUCCCUCCGCUUCCUGCUUCUCAGCAAAUCCCCUCCUGUUGCUCCAAAAUAAAACCAGAGAGCCCAAAGCACCGUUCCCGGCGUGCAGUGACUCAGCUGAGCCCAGCGACCACCCCUCACCUCUCAGACAGGUUUCCUGUUGAAGUAUUCAGCAAAAAUGACACUUGAGAGGUGACACAACUCACCCCUGAGCUGCCCCAACUCAGCUCUAAACCUUCAGGCUCUGAAAAUAUCCCGUUUUUCUAAGAAACAGAGAAUGAGGCUGGUGGAAGGGCUGGGGGCAGGCACGAUGGCGUGGGAGGGCUGGCCUUGGACUUUGAUGAUCCUUGUGGGUCCCUUCCAGCUCCAGAUAUUCUGUGAUCCCCUAAAUCUCUGCUGUGACAGCAUGGCCAGGAGCUUGCCUCACACCCAGUGCUGAACAAAACAGAGUUCUCACCAGAAAAGAAUGUUUGGCCCAAUUCUGCAACAACCCUGAGCACAUUCCUUAGGAAAAGGCAGUGGCUGCUUCCCCCCACUUCAGCAUCCCCAGGUUUUGUGCCUUGGGGUGCUGACCCCAGCAGGUCUCCAGGCUCCAAACUGCCUUAGGGGACCUCAGCAAGGAAAUAAAGCCACAGAAAAAGCAACAAAACACUGUUUCCUCAGAGGCCGAUGCCCAGCUGGAAUUCCCUGGAUUGCCCCAUAGCUGAACUCAAUGGCACCAGGAAACAGCCCUGAAAUCAGCGAUGCUUCUGCCAGCUGCCACCCGGGAAUCAGGGAAUCACCCUGUGGAACCCUGGGGCAGAGGAGGAAGGAGCCCUUCGCCCAGCAGCUGAUAAUUGCAGGGCAUAAAUCAAGGAUCAAAUCCUCACCGAGAGCAUGGAUAUCCCAGACAGAUUGCAGGCUGAGAUGAUCACACUGUCCCUUUGUAAAUUCUGGGUGAAUUUUAACCACCCAUGAACUUUCCUGCUUGGACAUCCAGCUGUACAAAUCCACUCACACAAAUCCUCCAAAUGCUGAUGGUUUGGCUCAGAUGCUGCACCCCCUCAGAGCAUUGCAAUAAACUGGGCUGCAAGAGUUGUGGUUUUCAUACUUUGAAACAAAAUCCACAGCUUCCCCAGGAGGCAUUUGGCUUGGGGGGCUUAUUUCCCAUUUGGAGAAGGGAUCCUGCAAACCUGCCACACGUAGAGGGGCCGGGGUGGAGAGGCUUUCAGUGGAGAUCAGCCAGUUUGAUGGGCAAGAAUAUCUCUUAUUCCCCUGUGAUAAAACUGGUUGUGGACUUGGAAAAUCCUGAAUUAUGGCAAAUCCUGCUUUACCCAAUUAACACCAUCCCAGGGGACUACUUAAAUUAGCCCAGAGAGCUGAUGAGGCAAAGGGCCCAUGCCAGAGGGGGGAAGAGAUUUUGCUGAGUUCCCUUCUGUCAGCAUCUCUCUGAUUCCCACACAAGUUGCAUCCUUAUUCCCUGCCUCGGUUUCCCUACCAGCCCUGUGGGGAUUUCCUCCCCUGCCUCAGUGCCUGCCCAUGCUGUGGUUCCCCAAAAAGCAGCACAGAGCAGCUGCAAUCUCUGCCAGAAGCUGUCUGCUAACCGAUUGCUCACUACCACCAAUUUAAUCAGAGCAAAUGACACAAGCAGCCUCUUUUCCCCCCACCUUCUAUUAUUAAUCACUUGCAUUUUUUCUUCCCUGCCACUUGCCUUAUUUUGCUUCUAAAUAAAGGUGAACCACACACCUCAUGCUAUGAGGUAUUUGAGAGCAAAACACAGCGCCCAGCACACAAGGGGAGAGGGAUGGAGCAUCCCCACAUGCAGGGGGCAUCUGGGCACUGAGAAAGCCCCACUACCAAGAAAACCACCAAACAUGGCCUCUGCUCAGCUCUAUCUCCAGCCACAGCCAUUCUGGAGACUGGGGGAUCUUCCUCCACUCCCAAUGCUGCAUCUCACCCCCUCUGGUAAGUUGGAAAGGGAGGAUACUUUGCACUGGCUGCAUUUUCUCCCUGCUCAGCUAAGUCAGGAGGGAAACAGUAAGACACAGAAUGGCAAUUUCUAGCCAAGGCAUCAAAAAAACCUGUCAUCCAGGAAGAAAGUGGACCACGGAAUCACAGACUCCUCAGACAAUCCCAUUCCACCCCUGCCAUGGGCAAGGACACCUCAUACUAAGUGGUUCCUGUUCUCCCUCAAGUUCUCUCAUUUUACUCAAGGAAGCACUGGGAAUGCUGAGACACCCAGAGCCAUGCACAGACUCAGCCC